ACCACAUUUUAUAAAAUCCCCCGUAAAUAGCAAACGGACCCGUUUCUCUUAGGGUUUGAUAAUGAUGAACAAGAUUGGCAUCAUAAAUCUUUCAGAUUUCUGACCUUCAAUCCGAUCUUUAAGUUCGGAAAUUUUGUCUGAUCUGCGCAUUUAAUUGGCACGGCUGAGUUCUUCCUGUGGCGGCGAUUAUUUUCCCGUCCGAAUGCUCCAAGCAGAGGCGAAAUUAUAGCAUGCUGGUGGAUUUCACUUGCGGUGGAUCGUCACCAGCAAAAUGCAGAAGGAUUUGUUGUUAUAGAGGCUAUAUGUCGGGUAAGGUCCAAAUCAUUGAGUUUUCUUCUCUUCUGCUUGUUUAAGACGCAGAUCAGGGAUUUUUUUGAUACUGUAAUCAUUUGUAUCUUGAAAUUUUACGGCUUCGAAACUCUUCCGAGACUCGAGGUGAAAAAAAUACUCCUAGGUUUGGUUGUUUGUUGAAAAGAAGUGAAAAUCAAGAACAACAGAAAAAUGCUCUAGUCUGGGAAGGUUUGAUUCCAGAGAUUAUUCAUUAAGUUUGGCGUAUUAUGGGAUAGAGGUGAUCUUCAAGAAGAUAGACCCCCGGGGAAAGAUACCUGUUUUCAUUUGAAACUCUAAAGGAUUUGUUAUAAUUUUGUUCUGUUUGAAGGUGCGGGAAGAAGAUGGUGCAGAGUUGUCCAUUUUCUGUAUUUGCAGCGUGCAGGGGAUGUUUGGAUUGGGUAAACUUUGAAACAUUGAGGAUUCUCAAACAUCAAGGAUUUUCAAUCUUCAAGAAAGAUGGAGUUGUACAUUUAGGAAGGAUUUCUCAAGAAUAAUUUUUUCUUGAACGCAGCAACGACAGUUGGUGUCAAUAGAAUUUGAAUAUUUAUUCAAAUUUGUUGAAUCUAGUCUCUUAAGAGAGUCAGGCGGGUUUAACGAAGAGGACAAGUUGGUUCUGGAAAGAUCUGUUUAAAAGGGUCUGGAGUCGGAAAGCGUAUCGUUUUGACGUCAAAAUGAUGUCAAUAUGUUAGCAUGUCUGUUUUUUCCGGUACGAAGAAUUUCUCAAGCCAAUUCUGGCUUAAUUCUAACCUGAAGGGAGGAGCUGCAUUUUGAAUCAAACGAAUUCAGAAUAGUUAUCCAUAUAUUCUGAGUUCGGUCUUUCAAUUUAAUUGUACGGUGUGAAAAGUAGGCAAAUUCUUUUGUUUUAAGGGACAGAGAUCUGAACAGAAGUCAUCUUCUUUUGUUUUAAUACAGCUGGAGGUAAAAAUGAUGUCAAGAUCGUAUACAAAUCUUAUGGAUCUCGCCACGGGCAAUUUCCCAACCUUUCCAAAGGUUGGGAAACGACUGCCCAGAGUCAUGACGGUUCCUGGGAUAAUCUCGGAGCUUGAUGAUGAUAACUGUAACAGUGUCACAUCAGAUGUACUGUCAUCUGUCUGCCAGGACCGCAUGAUCAUUGUGGCUAAUCAACUACCAUUGAGGGCUGUCAGGAGGCCGGAUAACAGGGGCUGGGCCUUCAGCUGGGAUGAGGAUUCUUUACUUUUGCAACUAAAGGAAGGCUUGACAGAGGAUUUGGAGGUUGUCUAUGUUGGUAGCCUGAAGGUGGAAGUGGAUCCAAAUGAACAAGAUGAUGUUGCUCAGACUCUUCUUGAGAAAUUUAAAUGUGUACCUGCUUUUCUCCCUCCUGAUCUUUAUAGUAAGUUCUAUCAUGGUUUCUGCAAGCAGCACCUAUGGCCACUGUUCCAUUACAUGUUGCCUCUCUCUCCAGGUCAUGGGGGUCGCUUUGAUAGGUCUCUAUGGCAGGCUUAUGUUUCUGCAAAUAAGAUCUUCGCAGACAAGGUUAUGGAGGUGAUUAGCCCAGAUGACGAUUUUGUGUGGGUGCAUGAUUAUCAUCUCAUGGUGCUGCCUACAUUUCUUAGAAAACGAUUUAACAGGGUCAAGCUUGGAUUCUUUCUGCACAGUCCAUUUCCUUCCUCUGAAAUCUACCGAACUCUUCCAGUAAGAGAUGAGAUUUUGAGGGCACUUCUGAAUUCAGAUUUGAUAGGCUUCCAUACUUUUGAUUAUGCAAGGCAUUUUCUUUCCUGCUGUAGCAGGAUGUUGGGUAUUGAGUAUGAGUCCAAGAGAGGGUACAUUGGAUUGGAAUACUAUGGGCGUACUGUAAGUAUCAAGAUUAUGCCUGUGGGCAUACAUAUGGGGCAACUUGAAUCUGUGUUGAAUCUUGCUGACACAGAGUGGAGGGUAGGCGAGCUGAGGGAUCAAUUCAAGGGAAAAAAGGUGCUGCUUGGUGUGGAUGACAUGGAUAUCUUUAAAGGUAUCAGCCUGAAGUUCUUGGCCAUGGAGCAGCUGCUUAACAUGCAUCCUGAGUGGAGAGGCAAGGUUGUUUUGGUGCAAAUUGCUAAUCCUGCAAGGAGUAUGGGCAAAGAUGUUGAGGAAGUGAAAGAUGAGACACAUUCUACUGCAAAGAGAAUCAAUGAGACCUUUGGGAGACCUGGGUAUGAUCCCAUAGUUUUGAUAGACAGACCUGUUCCUUUCUAUGAAAGAAUCGCAUUUUACACAAUUGCAGAAUGUGCUGUGGUAACUGCAGUUAGGGAUGGAAUGAAUCUCACCCCAUAUGAAUACAUAGUCUGUAGGCAGGGGACCUCCAGAUUAGAUGACACACAUGGAGCAGGUCCAAAUGCUCCUAAAAAGAGCAUGCUGGUGGUGUCUGAGUUUAUUGGAUGCUCACCUUCUUUAAGUGGUGCAAUCAGGGUCAAUCCUUGGAACAUUGAUGCUGUAGCUGAGGCCAUGAAUGUGGCCAUUUCCAUUCCCGAGGCCGAAGCACAAUUAAGACACGAAAAGCAUUAUAGGUAUGUCAGUACUCAUGAUGUGGCGUAUUGGGCACAGAGUUUCACACAAGAUUUGAUUAGAACAUGUGCUGAUCACCUUCGUAGGAGAUGUUAUGGCAUUGGCUUUGGGUUUGGAUUUAGGGUAGUGGCACUUGAUCCGAACUUCAGGAAACUUUCAAUAGACCACAUUGUAUCUGCUUACAAGAUGACUAAGAGUAGGGCAAUAUUGUUGGAUUAUGAUGGGACAAUGAUGCCCCAGACAUCCAUUAACAAAACUCCUGGGCCCGAGGUGCUGACCAUUUUGAACAGCCUUUGUCGGGAUCCAAAAAAUGUUGUCUUUAUUGUUAGUGGAAGGGGAAGGGAGACUCUAAGCAAGUGGUUCUCUCCUUGUGAAAUGUUGGGAAUUGCAGCAGAGCAUGGUUACUUUAUAAGGUGGACUCGAGAUGCAGAAUGGGAAACCUUUGUGCAGGGUAUCGACUUUGGCUGGAGAGAUAUUGCAUUGCCUGUCAUGAAAUUGUAUGCUGAGACUACCGAUGGCUCUACAAUAGAAGAAAAGGAGAGUGCUUUGGUUUGGCAUCAUCGCGAUGCAGACCCAGAUUUUGGUUCAUGCCAGGCAAAGGAACUUUUGGAUCAUUUGGAGAGUGUGCUUGCCAACGAGCCUGUGGUUGUCAAAAGUGGUCAUCACAUUGUAGAAGUCAAGCCCCAGGGCAUAAAUAAAGGGCUUGUGGCAGAACAACUUCUUUCAACAAUGGUGCAGAGGGAUAAACGUCCUGAUUUUGUAAUGUGCAUUGGAGAUGAUAGAUCAGAUGAAGACAUGUUUGAGGCUAUUACAACUACUAUGGCACAAUCUACAGUUCCUAUGAAAUCUGAAACACAGUCUCCAAGAGCAGAUGUCAUUUCGCCAAUAAUAGAAGUAUUUGCAUGUACGGUUGGUCAGAAGCCCAGUAAAGCAAAAUAUUAUCUUGAUGAUACAGUAGAAGUUCUAAGGAUGCUUCAGGGUCUGGCUACAGCUUCUGAUCAAGCAACCAAGAAUUCAUCAACUCAAGUAGCUCUUGAUAGUUAGGCUUGGGUUCAAAAUUUAAAGAUGCAUUUCUUCUUCUCCCUGUCUCAGAUACAAAUAAAUGCAACUGAUGAUUAGUGUACCAGCACGAAGUUGUGGAAAGAACAAAAGAAUUGCUGGCUAUUGCUGUCCCUUUGGAGGAAGAAUUUUGACAUCCACCAAAAGGGUUGAAGCCAUGAAGUUCAUUUAGGGGUUGUAUGACUCUUUCCAAGUAGGUAAUUCAACUCUGGGCUGCAAUAGACUGUUGCAAAUGGAUCAUUCACUCCAUCAUGUAAGUAAAUACAUUGUGACGGUAGAGUUUUGUUGUAAUAUUCUUCUAAAACCAUUGCAGAUCAAUCCCUGAAUUCAAUGCAACACUAAUUGAUUUUGAAAAUAUAUUAGCAUGUUUGUCAUUGGGCAUGCAGAUUGAAAGCAUAUUCGGACUGUGUUCUUUUGAGGCACACAUUGUUGUGAAUGAAGCAAAUAACAAAUGCAAAAGUGUACAUGGGACCAGAAUUCAAUGCA